AGCUAACUUAGUGCUUGAGCUCUGGGAAGUGAUAGCAGGAUCAAACUUGGGAGGAGAUGGUAUUGAGCUGGAGUAGAUCUGUCAGAAUUGAAUAUAAGGAGACAGGAGCCAGUGACGGGACAAGGAAACAGGCCUGGGACAUCAAGCCUGGAAGAGGAUGGAGGGGCCAGACUGUGUGGGUGGUGAGGGUCACAACCAUGUGGAAACUGAAUUACCCCUGUAAGAAGAGUUCUUCUAUUUACAGUCAAAACUCCAGGCUCAUGAGUCAGUGACUGCCUGCAGGUUUUCCUGAAUAUUUUCUAACUUUCUGGGGGACAAGUCCCCCAAAAUAGUGCUGGUUCACUGUUCCUCCUUCUUCCCCCACCCCCACACUUAACUAGCUUCCUUUUUUAGUACAGUCCCAGAGUCUGGUAUUGACAGAGGAGGAAACAGUGGAGGAGAAUCUGUGUUCUGCAAAAGGAGAGGAAAACGAGAACAGUCAUGCCAAACUUGAAGAGCUCCUUGAUUCUCUCGGCCUACAUCAUCAUCUUCCUCACUGGUCUUCCUGCAAACCUCCUGGCCCUGAGGGCCUUCAUGGGUCGGGUCCGCCAGCCCCACCCUGCACCGGUCCACAUCCUCCUGCUCAGCCUGACGCUGGCAGACCUUCUGCUGCUGCUGCUGCUGCCCUUCAAGAUCAUUGAGGCUGCAUCUGACUUCCACUGGUACCUGCCUGAGAUUGUCUGUGCCCUCACAGGAUUCGGCUUCUACAGCAGCAUCUACUGCAGCACGUGGCUCCUGGCAGGCAUCAGCAUCGAGCGCUACCUGGGAGUGGCUUUCCCCGUGCAGUACAAGCUGUCGCGCCGGCCUAUGUAUGGAGUGAUUGCUGCUCUGGUCGCCUGGAUCAUGUCUUUUGGUCACUGCACCAUCGUGAUCAUCGUUCAGUACUUGAACUCGACAGAGAGUGGCACAAAUACAAAUGAAAUCACCUGCUAUGAGAACUUCACUGAUGACCAGCUGAAGGUGGUGAUUCCUGUGCGGCUGGAGCUGUGCCUGGUCCUCUUCUUCAUCCCCAUGGGGGUAACCAUCUUCUGCUACUGGCGCUUUGUGUGGAUCAUGCUCACCCAGCCCCAUGUCGGGGUCCAGAGGAGGCGCCGGGCUGUGGGGCUGGCUGUUGUGACACUCCUCAAUUUCUUGGUGUGCUUUGGGCCUUAUAACGUGUCCCACCUGGUGGGGUUUUACACCAAGAAAAGUCCCAAAUGGCGAGCAGAAGCUGUGGUAUUCAGUUCCCUCAACGCCAGUCUGGACCCCCUGCUUUUCUACUUCUCUUCUUCAGAUGUGCGCAGAACCGUUGGAAAGGGGCUUCAGAUGCUGCGGAAUCAGGGCUCCUCUCUGUUGGGACGCAGAGGCAGAGAGAUAAUGGAGAUGACAAGUGGGAACAGGGGUGUGAGUCAAGCAGAAGGAGGACCGAGUUCUGACUUCACCACAGACUAGGGAUGUGCCUGGACCUUCAGAGGUGCUGGGGGCUACAUAUGGGUUGAGCAGGCUGGGAGAGGGAGAGGAUGAGGGUUCUGGAUUCAGGAAUCUUUAGACCAAUCCGUUACUGAGACUAUAGGAAUCUCUCUCACCAGCUGGAUAUUUCUUCUUGAUUGAAUU